AUGGGUUCACCUGUGCAGUCGGCUAAGGCUGGCAAGAAAAGGCAUCGAGAAGAUGACGAUGAUGUCCAGCCAGCAACAGUCUCCACAGCACCUCCAGCAGCGUUGGAUCCGAGAGGUAGUCAUAAGAAGAAGCGCAAAAGAACGAAACAGAUUGUUGAAGAUCCGAAAGAUGCGGGCAAAAAGGAUGGUGUCGACGAGUCGAUUGGAAAAAUGGACGGUCGUCUCCUGGCUGAUUUCUUCGCGCAACAGGCUAAAAGGCACAACAGCGAAUUGACUACUGUGGAAUUAGAUGAUGUUUAUGUCCCAGAACAAGCAUUUCUUGAUACAUCGUCCUGGAAGUCGCCGAGAAAGCUGGAAAACCUUGCCAUGUUUCUCAAAGUUUAUAGUAAGAAAAGGGGGAACUCUCUUUCAACAGCUCCUGCAGAUAUGGGCAGCCCCCAUACGAUAGUGAUUACUCUUGCGGGGCUUAGAGCUGCUGAUAUCACACGAGCUUUAAGGCAAUUUCAGAGAAAAGACUGUGCUGUGGCAAAGCUCUUUGCCAAACAUAUCAAACUUAAUGAAGCAAAAGAGUUUGUGAAAAAGAAAAGGGUCAGCAUUGGGAUUGGUACUCCUGUUCGAUUGAAUGAUCUGGCCAGCUCUGGGGAAUUGAGUCUGAAGCACCUGAAACGGAUUGUCAUUGAUGGCUCAUAUGUCGACCAGAAGAAGCGAGGUAUAUUCGACAUGAAAGAUUUGCAUCUCCCUCUUCUUCAAUUUCUCAAUCGCGCCGACUUACGUGACCGGUAUACUUCCGCGGAUGACAACGUCGAAAUUCUUGUUUUCUAA